CAAACAGCCUCAGAUGAGCUUUACAGGAGGACAGAGCCACAGCCCAGCUUUGAUGAUUUAAUAUCCAUCCCACUGCCUUGCAGACAAGGUCGUAUCAUGGCUGCUGCUGAUCUCCAUAGCAACGGUUCCUUGGUGGGGCGAGGAGCAUUCUGAGAGAGUCAACAAUGCAGCGUAACGGUGGUGGGGUCGGUGCCGGUGGCCAGCCGUGGGUGUUGCGGCGUGUGCGUCUCACCUGGCUCAGUUUCAUGCUCUUCUUCAUCCUGGUCUUCUUCCCACUCAUUGCCCACUACUACCUCACUACCAUUGACGAAGCUGGGGGUCCUGAUAAGCGCAUCUUUGGGCCGCGGCCCGGUGGUGAACUGUGCGAGGCCAAACACGUGCAGGACCUGUGCCGAAUCCGUGAGUCUGUCAGCGAGGAGCUGCUGCAGCUGGAGGCCAAGAGGCAGGAGCUCAACGGGGAGAUCGCCCGACUCAACCUGCGCAUCGAGGCCUGCAAGCGCAGCAUUGACAGCGCCAAGCAGGAUCUGCUACAGCUGAAGAAUGUUAUUAGCCAGACAGAGCAUUCCUAUAAAGAACUAAUGGCCCAGAACCAGCCCAAGCUAUCACUGCCGGUCAGGCUGCUGCCAGACAAAGAGGACCCAGGACUGCCACCACCCAAGUCUGGGCGCUCCUGCCGCCUACGCUCCUGCUUCGACUAUGCGCGCUGCCCUCUUACGUCUGGGUUUCCUGUGUAUGUCUACGACACGGGCUCCUAUCCAUGGGCGGACUAUCUUGACCCCCUGGUGAAGCAGGCUUUUGCAGCAUCCGUUAAGAACAACAUUUAUAUAACUGACAACCCCAGCAUUGCCUGUCUAUAUUUGGUGCUGGUAGGGGAGCUGCAGGAGUCCGUCUCCGCACUGCCAUCUCCCUCCGAGCUGGAGAAGCAACUAAAAGCUCUCCCUUACUGGCGAUCUGAUGGACACAAUCACAUGUUGGUGCAUCUCUCUAGAAAAUCUAUGACACAGAACUUCCUGUAUAAUGUGAGCACAGGACGGGCGGCGGUCGCUCAGUCCACCUUUCUGGAGCAGCAGUACCGUGAGGGCUUUGACUUGGUUGUGUCCCCACUGGUUCAUGCCCUCACAGAACCAAACUUUUUGGAAGUGCCCCCUCAAGUUCCUGUAAAGAGGAAAUACCUCUUCACCUUCCAGGGCGAGAGGGUGGAGUCACUGAGGAGCAGCUUACAGGAGGCGCCUCAGUCUUUCGAGGAGGAAAUGGAGGGAGACCCACCAGCUGACUACGAUGAUCGCAUCAUCGGCACCUUAAAGGCGGUGCAGGACAGCCACUUGGAUCAGGUGCUGGUGGAGUUUACCUGCAAGAACCCACGGCCAAGUUUGCCAACGGAGUGGGCUCUUUGUGGAGAGAGGGAGGACAGGCUGGAGGUGCUCAAGGUUUCAACGUUUGGCUUGGUGAUUGCUCCAGGGGAUGGACAGCUGGUGGCUUCAGCAGGCUGUGGGAUGAGGCUCUUUGAGGCCCUAGAGGUAGGGACCAUCCCAGUCGUAUUGGGGGAUCACUCCAGACUUCCAUAUCACCAGUUUAUUCGAUGGAGUGAAGCUGCCAUUAUAGUCCCCAAGCCUCGUGUCACAGAGCUGCACUUCCUGCUGCGCAGCCUAUCAGACAAUGACAUGUUGGCUAUGAGGCGGCAGGGCCGCUUUCUGUGGGAGACCUACUUCUCCACCUCAGAGAAUGUUCUUAACACCCUCCUGGCCAGCAUCAGAACCAGCAUCCAGGUCCCUGCUGCACCCAUCAAAGAAGAGCCCGUCCACGAGAUUCCCCACAAAGCCGGGAAGCUGGCAGGAACUGAUGCCAACCUGGCUGACAACGGUGAUCUGGAUUUGGGUCCUGUCGAGACAGAGCCCCCCUACGCCUCUCCACGCUUUCUCCGCAACUUCACAUACACAGCUGCAGACACCUAUAGAGCAUGGAACCAGGCCCCGGGUCCUUUCCAUCUCUUCCCUCACACUCCUCUGGACCCAGUCCUGCCCUCUGAAGCCAAAUUCCUUGGCUCAGGUACUGGUUUCAGGCCUAUCGGUGGAGGUACGGGAGGCUCGGGGAAGGAGUUUCAGGCAGCUCUUGGAGGGAACGUGCCCCGAGAACAAUUCACCGUGGUCAUGCUGACUUAUGAGAGGGAGGAGGUGCUGAUGAACUCUCUGGAGAGGCUCAAUGGACUGCCGUACCUCAACAAGGUAGUGGUGGUGUGGAACUCACCCAAGCCUCCUUCAGAUGACCUGCUGUGGCCAGACAUCGGUCUGCCGAUUGUGGUAGUCCGCACAGAAAAGAACAGCCUCAACAACCGCUUCCUUCCCUGGGACGCCGUGGAAACCGAGGCCAUUCUGUCGAUUGAUGAUGAUGCUCAUCUUCGCCAUGAUGAGAUCAUGUUCGGGUUCAGAGUGUGGCGUGAGGCCAGAGAUCGUAUCGUGGGUUUCCCCGGGAGGUAUCAUGCGUGGGACGUGAACCAUCAGUCCUGGCUGUACAACUCCAACUACUCCUGUGAGCUCUCCAUGGUCCUGACAGGAGCUGCUUUCUUCCAUAAGUACUAUGCCUACCUGUACUCCUACGUGAUGCCCCAAGCCAUCAGGGACAUGGUGGACGAGUACAUAAACUGCGAGGACAUUGCCAUGAACUUCCUGGUCUCUCACAUCACCCGCAAACCACCCAUCAAGGUAACAUCGCGUUGGACUUUCCGCUGUCCCGGCUGCCCUCAGGCCCUUUCACACGAUGACUCGCAUUUCCACGAACGCCACAAGUGCAUCAACUUCUUCGUCAAGGUGUACGGCUACAUGCCACUGCUGUACACGCAGUUUCGCGUAGACUCUGUGCUGUUUAAGACUCGUUUGCCCCAUGACAAGACCAAGUGCUUCAAGUUCAUCUAGCUUCGGGCUGAGCGGCCCAGCAAAGAGCCAAAAGUAGGGAGGAUUGAAGGACUGGAAGUAUUUAAAAGAACAGCAGCUCCCUCUACGAGCAGUGAUGAAGAUGGAUGGAUGGACUGCCAGAGAAAUGCACAGAAAGAAAGUUUGGGGUUAGGAUUUUGCCCGGGGGGGGGACAGACAAGUUAACCUUAAAAGCUGUUGGCUUGGUAGACUAAUCCACAACUCUACUGAAUAUUUACCGAGUGGAAGCUGAAAGGGACCACAACCAACAACAAAAAAAAAAAGCCUUUUCAGUGGAUGUCACUCCUCCUUUUUUAUGUUUUUCAAUCAUGCUCCAUCAUCAACCACUACAGAUGUCAUUUGCACCUCUUAACGGCCUGCUGAGGAAAGAGUAGGGUUGUACACAGUGUACAGAAACUCUCCCACGAUAAACUCUACCUGACAACGGAGCUAUCUGUUACUGAAUCCCUGUCACACUGAUGUUGGGCUGCGUUUGGCCCAGCAGCCUUUGGACAGUUUCAGCUGGGAGAGCAAAAGUGGCAACGUCACAUGGCUGCCACUGUGCUUUUUUGUUUGUUUUUCAUUUAACAGUUACAAACUGUACUUCUGGUACUUGUACGUACUGUAAGAGAAGCACUGAUGGUUAGAAGUAUUUUACGAACAAUCUUUUUUUUUUUUUUUUUUUUUUUUUUUUUUUAAAUAAUGUUGUUUAAAUGUGUAAAUCUGUCGGUGAACAUUUUAACAUUUUCCAGAACCUCUGCCUGUGGAAGAUCAAACACAGACUCGUUAGUCUGAGAUAGAGACAGGACCUCGACUGAAGAGUUUAACAGGUUGGCCCAAUCAUGUUUAGUAGUGUUACGUGUUCAAGAAGGAAUUUACUUCAGCGGUCACCAUAAUGCCUCAAAUUUGUCAUGAAAAUUAUCCACCAUUUUGUUAUGCUUACAGGAUCUGCACUCUUUGAUGAGUCUUUGAAAUGGCCUGUUUUUUAUGCUAUAGGGUGUUUACUAAUGUUUGUAAAAUUGGUCCGAGGUUGAAGUAGUCAUGUUUAAAUGUAAUAAUAUUAACCAAUCAAUGGUUACAAUGUCCCUUACUGAAGUGCAACAAACUCAAUAAUCACAGCUGCCAAAAUCAACAAAAAAUGUUUAGAUGUCUAAUUAAGGUUGUAAUUAUAAAGAAGAUUAAAUGUACUAUUAGGAUUGGUAAAAAAAAAAAAGUUUAGAGGGAAUAGCUUGACAUUUUAGGAAAUACAAUUAUUUGCUUUCAGGCGGGGAGUUAGAUGAGAAGAUGUAUAUCUAGUGCUGGGUAUCGGUAAUCCAUGACGAUAAUAACCCAGUACCAAGUGGUAUGGAAACUUCUCCAAACCAUACCUGCAUUUGAUUUUUAUUUUUUUUUACUCAGAUAUAGAAAUAAAUUGACUUUGUAGGGUUUUGUUGGCAAGCGUACUUUUUUUUUUUUUUUUUUUUUGAUUUAAUGCAAGAGGCCCACUACCACAGCAGCUAUGGCCCAUACAGUCUGUGGUGUGGUGAAGUCAAGCGCGGCUUAUUUGACAACUUGUUCAGCUUGCCGAGAUGCCAUAAAAAUGUUCAAAUGUGCAUCUGAUAAAAAAUAAAAGCAUAAAAUGCAGAAUUAUUAUUUCAAAUGAAGUACUCUAUUGUUAUCGGUAACUAACUAACGCUACUAAGCCCUACCUUUACCUCUCUCUCCAAUCUGUCCGGUUAGACUGAAAAAAAACGGCUAGCCUGGCUCUGUCCAAAUGUACCAAAAUCUGCCUGUCGGCACCUCUGAAGAUCACUAAUUAGCGUCUUGUUUGUUUAAUGCGAACAAAAAAAAAUGUGUAAAAAUGAAAAGCCUUUCCCUGUUUCCGGUCUUCGUGCUAAGCUAAGCUAACUGGCUGCAGGCUGUAACGUUUAGCCUUAUAUCUAAUAGAUAUUAGAUAUAAGGCUAGCUAUCUAAAGAUGGAUAGAUAUUCUUAUCUAACUCUCCACCAGAGGGCAAAUAAGCAUGUUUGCCAACAUUUCAACUAUUCUCUUUUAUAUACUGUAUUGCCAGCUCUGACUGUGCGACAGAAGUAUUAGAUAUGUCCCGCCAUGUUCACGACAGCCCCCUGUAUAGAACUUCCCCAGCUCAGACAGACAGGUCACUUUACAAUGUCGCCAUAUUGGUUUCACUUUGUUUUUUUACCAUUGCUUGAUGAAUGUUUUCCUUGCCAAAUAGGUACGAUGUCUGCUGCUUUACAGCAUCAUUUGCAGGGUGCACAGUGGGAGUGGUUGCUAAAGGGAUGCAGAUUGGCACACCCAUAUCCACUCUGCAUGGUACUUUAUUAGUUAUUUAGGAGUUGAUCAUUCGAGCCCUUCCCAUCAUGUAUUAUGAAUCCAAAGUCCUUUAUUUGACCAAACCUAAUUCCUGUAAUUUGAACAAAAGAUUGGCCUAAAAAGGUGUGACCUAGAAAAACUGUGAGGAUGCUUUUAUGAAACAAAAACUCUCAUAAGUCCAUGGUUCCUGUAUAUUUAUUGAAUAUAUUAUUAAAAAAGAUUUUUUAAACUGAUAAUGACACAUUCAAUAAAAUGACAUUCAAUAAAAUGACAAGACAUUGUAGUUCAUUAUUCCUUAUAGCAAAGAGGUCCGAACCUGAUAGAGCCGGCAGCUUAUUUCAUUGCCAAGGAAAACUAGCUCGUACCGCUGAAUGCUUGACUGACCUGAGAGCAGCACUCAGGCAGAUGACCUGGUUCUUAGGAAGCUCCACCUGUAACAGAAUGUCACAAACUGCAACAGUCAGUGGACACACAGUAAAGUCUUAUCUUUAAAGACAAAUCUCUACCUGCUCCAGGUGGCUGUUGCUGCUCUCAGGCCCCUCCAGUGAAAUAUAAUAUUUGUUCAGCAUGUUUAGCUAAAAGGGACAAAUGAAAAGCCAAAUUCCUAAUUGCACUGGUGUAAAAUAGCAAUACAGCUAAAUCAAAUCCAAAUGUACACUGCUGCUGCACCAGACUUGGAAAAACCUAACCUCCUAACCUCAUCACACCUGAACACUUUAUAUUGGAGCUCCGGGGGGGAGGGGGGGGCUCGUAAUUACCUGGCUGAUGAAACCUGUCCUGGGGCAUAAAUAGGAUCAGCUGGUAUUUUGGAAGUCAGAACCUCCCAUACCUCCAGUCCCUGGUUUCCCCCCUCUAGGGUCUGUGGCACAGCUGGUUUUCCAUGGAUCAGAUCAGGAUACAUUUCACUGGAAAGCCGCAAUCCCUCUGCUAGGUGGUAGGAGUUGUGAAACUAUGUGCUCCUGGGUCUGAUCCCCCACU